UUAAAGAAUUAAUGCUAUUACUUAUAUUUGUUAUAACAACGCUUCUGAAAAAAUUAAUUGGAAAUAAUGGUCAGGUUAACCGAAGAAAUGGUUGCCGCUCGGACACGUAUGUCCGACUGUACAGCUGUCAAAAAACUUAAUUGUUGGGGUACUGAAUUAACGGAUGUAAGCAUUUUACGUAAAAUGAGAAAUGUUGAAAUAUUGUCACUAAGUGUAAACAAUAUCAGCAGUCUUAAAGAUUUUCAAAAUUGUGUUGAUCUUAAAGAUUUGUUUGUAAGAAAAAAUAACAUUAGAGAUCUUAAUGAGGUUUGUUAUCUUCAAGCACUUUCAAAGCUAAGAAAUUUAUGGCUUGGAGAAAAUCCUUGUGCAGAAAUUGAUGGAUAUCGUUUAUCAAUAAUUAAAACAUUACCUCAUUUAGAAAAAUUAGAUGAUAAAAUAGUAACUCCAGAAGAAGUACAAACAGCAAUGGUCAGAGGAAGAUCUUUAAUUCAUCCAUUAAACUUGAUUCAUGCUGAAUCAUCUUUACCAUCAUCUCCUUGUGGUACUCCAGAACUCUCCAUGACCAAGUACUUUGAAGAACAAGAUAUUGAUCAAAGUCAGAAUUACAGUUCAUCAGAUGAACAGAGAAGUUACCAAAACACUAAUGCUUUAGAUAGUUACCAAGAGACUGAUAAAAGGAAUGCAAAUUAUAAUACAUCAUCUGUUCACCACCGUCAGUAUCCUUUUAAUACUCGUUAUUCAUAUGAGAAUUCUAAUGAUAAAACAGCCUUACGACAUAAUGGUGAUUAUGAUAAUUUAAAUCAAAGAAUGUAUACACCAAUUUCACCACGCACACAUAAUCCGCUACUAGAAUAUAAUGAUGAAAGGGGAAUUGAAUAUGAUGAUUCUCAAAGAUCAAUGUCAGAACAAUCAAAGAGAGAAGUAAUAAAUCAAAAUAUAGAUAGAGAAGAUCUUAAUCAAACUUCUGAUUGGACAAGGUGCAUUGAGAAACAUAAACGCAGAUCACAAUUUCAGUUUCAAAAAAGACCAGUAACAAGGAAUUCGAACAUUCUAUCAGCUGUAUUGUGUCUCGUCAAGGAGUUGGAUUACCCAAGUUUGGAGGUGGUUGAAAUGGCAGUAAAAAGUCGCAUUGACGAGUUGGAAGAAUGAUAUUUUUUAUACCGUUCUCAGUUAUGUAGGGGGCGGUACUCGCAAAUAGCAUAUUACAUGUUAAUAUAAUUAAUGCAUGCAUUCCAAAUCUAAACGAGCUGCAUAUUUAUCAUUCCGUCUACAACUUUACUACCUUUCAUAGAAAGUUUAUCACUAACUCAGAUUAUAACUCAGGCUCAGGCUUUGUGGAGAUGCGCCAAACUAUUAGCAACAACAGCGUGCUACAGGAUUUUUUGUCCCUAUUCACAACACAAGGUACAGCCGUGAUAUAUACAAUCAGAAAAAUGAACCAAUUAAAUAAAAUAAAAAAUAAAGAGAACAAAAGAUAUUAGCAUAUAAAUACUUACUGAUGAACUGAAUUAAUAAAUGAGAAUCAAAAUAUUAUUCAGUUGAAGGUGCAAUAAAAAUAAUUAAGAAAA